ACCUCAACCUCCUUCCUUGCUCAUCAAAUCUGCUCAGUUUUAUUCUUAGCUUCAAACAUGCUUUCUCAUCAUUCCCUCUCUUUCUCUUUCACUCUUAUUAUUCUCUUUCGCUCAGACUUUUCCAUUAAUGUCUCUGCAACAAAUACUAAGCUCCCAAAAGGUUUCAGCAUCGACCUCAUUCAUCGCGAUUCACCAUUAUCUCCCUUCUACAACUCCUCAAUGACCGACUCGGGGCGAGUCCAAAACGCUGUGUUGCGCUCCAUGUCUCGAGCCAAUCGCUUUGGCCAGUCUUCCAUGGCUCAAGCAAGUGAGUUAGUAGAAACUGAUAUACUCCCAAACGAUGGAAAUUACCUGAUGAAGAUAUUUAUUGGCACUCCACCCGUAAGGAGAUGGGCAGUUGCAGACACAGGAAGCAACCUUAUUUGGUUCCAAUGCAAACCUUGUCCCCAACCUCAGUGCUACCGCCAAAAGGCACCGCUCUUUGAUCCAAGAAGUUCUUCCACGUAUAUGUCUCUGUCAUGUCGAUCACUCCCUUGUAAAGCUCUGCCCCGUCUCUACGUGCAAGGCCAAACAUAUCCUCGAUGUGGAUUAUCCAAUGUGUGUACCUAUUUUCUUUCUUAUGCGGAUAACUCAUACACAAUGGGAGAGAACUGGCCACAGAAUCAGUUAGUUUCGGCCGAAAUGUUUUGUUUCCCAAGACGGUGUUUGGGUGUGGACACAACGACAAUGGACUAUUCAACAAGAAUACCGCAGGACUUGUUGGGCUUGGUCAAGGGAGUUUGUCGUUAGUUUCACAAAUGGGUAAAGUAGGUCGCAAAUUCUCGUAUUGUCUGCCUCCUUACAGUCUAAAGACCAAAACUAAACUAAGGUUCGGGGAAGAAGCCACCAUAUCAGGAAAUGGGCUUGUGUCCACUCCAUUGAUCACCAAAAAUGGUCCCAUAUCGUUGCUUUACUUCCUCAACCUUGAAGGUAUCACUGUUGGACAACAGACAGUGCAGACUGGUCAAAGCAAUGGGAACAUAAUAAUUGACUCUGGGACGACAUUGAUGAUGCUUCCAUCAAGCUUUUAUGACCGGGUUGAAGCUUUGGUGAAGCAAGCCAUUGGAGCUGACCAAUUCAUAGUUCAGAACAAUGAACUCAAAUUGUGUUACAGAAAUGCUAACUCUAUUAUCCAGAAUAUUCCGAAUUUUGAGGUUCAUUUUACGGGAGCCAACCUUUCAUUACAACCUCAGAACUUUUUCCUUCCCGUAUCCAACGAUGUUAUAUGCUUCGCAAUGCUUCCUACAAAUGGACCGCCCAUUUACGGAAAUGUGGCUCAAACUGAUUUUGAGGUGGAGCAUGAUCUUGAUCAGAAAAAAGUUUCUUUUGCUCCUGCCGAUUGCACUAAACAGUAGAGAUUCUAUGACUUGGUUUGGUUGAAAAAAUAAUAGAAAAAGGAAAAUAUAGAGGGAGAGAUAAUACUAUGAAUAAAAACUCUCUAAUUUUUCAUCUCAUCCAAACUAAGUACAAGUAAUAUAGUUAUACGCUUGAUGAAUAAUAUACUUGGCUGAUAUAGCUCAAGUGAAACAUAGGCAUUGUAAACCCUCUCUUUCUCUCUCUAUAUGUAUACACAUAUAUGUAUGCGCAUGUAUAUCGUGCUUUUGGAAGUAUCUAAGUGAAAAUGUCUGUAAUUA